UGAAUAACUAAUCAAAUCCAGCUGUGUCGCUCAGUUCUCUGCAGAGCUCAGUGUGUUUCUUACUCACCUUCAGGAUGAAGGUGUGUGUCCUCCUCGCGUGUGUGUGGCUUCUCUGCUGGAGGUCGGAGGCUCAGUCCAGCUCGUAUCUGAUAACGGCACCUCUAUCGCUCCGCCUGGACGCCGUGGAGACCGUGGUGGUGCAGCUGUUUGGUUUUACAGGUGAAGUCACCGUCUACCUGUUCCUGAAGACAUCAAUGGCUCCGAGUCACCAGGUUCUGGCUCGGGAGGUCGUGACCCUCAAUGCACAAAAUAACCACCAGGCUGAAGCCAAAGUCCGGCUGUACCCAAACCAGCUGGACAAGAGUGCAGAUCAUGUGAUUCUCCAUGUGCAGUCAGACGUGAUCAAUCAGCACCAGUCUGUGCCCAUCAGUCGCACCAAUGGCUUCCUGUUCAUCCAAACCGACAAACCGCUGUACACGCCGCGUCAGAGCGUCAAAGUGAGGGCGUUCUCCUUGAACCAGGAGCUGAGACCGGCUAAUCGCAGCGUCUACCUGACAUUUAAGGACCCGGACUAUACAACAGUGGACAUUGUGGAGAUGGUCGAUGUGAACAAUGGAAUCCCAUCUCUGCAAAACCCCUUUAAGAUCCCCGUCAACCCAAAGUUGGGCAUCUGGUCCAUUGAAGCUUCUUACUCCAAGGAUUUCACCACAACAGCAACCACCGACUUUGAAGUUAGAGAAUAUGUUCUUCCCAGUUUCUCCAUCCAAGUGGAACCAGAAGCAAAUUACAUCAGUCACAAUUCAUUCACCAGUUUCAACUUCAAGGUUUCAGCCAGGUAUCUCCACGGCGCUCCGGUGGUUGAUGGUGACGUGUUUCUGCGCUACGGCUAUGUUAGUGGGAAAAGUCCUCCAGUUAUCAUCCCAAACUCUAUCACCAGAGAAAGUUUGUCCUCAGCGGGUGACGUGGAUGUGAAUGUUAAUAUGCAGAAGGUUCUGUCUGAAUACAAUGGACCAAAAGACCUCAACAGCCUGCUGGGGAAGUACCUGUACAUAGCUGUACUGGUGGAAGAGAGCACAGGUGGUAUUACUCAGGAGACCGAGUUUGCUGCAGUGAAGUUUGUCAAAUCACCUUACAGCCUGAGCCUGGUGUCCACGCCCCCCUUCCUCAAACCUGGACUGCCUUAUAACAUCCAGGUGCAGGUGAAGGAUCACCUGGACAAGCCAGUGAGAGGUGUUCAGGUCAGUCUGGUGGAGAAUGAGCUGCUCAGACAGGGGAGGGACCUCGAGGCCAUGUCCUGCACCGACAGCUCCACCAGCGAAUCAAACGGCCUCACUUUCUUCAUCUGCAACACACCUCGUGAUGGAGUCAGGGCUGUUCUCAAGUUUCAGACGGAUGACUCCACCCUCCCAGCAGCCAGUCAGAGCAGUCUGACUCUGACGGCGGUCGCUUAUUACUCGCCAAACCAACGUUAUCUCUACAUCGACGCCCCGCUGAUGGGUCCCGGCCUCCAGGUGGGACGACCAGCGCGUCUCAGCGUGUACUCGGCCACGCCCUCCUACAUUCCCAUCACAACCAUCAGCUACCUGGUGAUCUCUAAAGGGAAGGUGGUGGAUUUUGGCAGCCAGAAGUUUCUCUCCAACGCUGCCAACAAACAGAGCCUGAGCUUUCAGGUGACGCCCGCCAUGGUGCCGUCCAUCAGGCUGCUGGUCUACUACAUCCUGUUUGGAGAGGGGACGUUCGAGCUGGUGGCUGACUCCGUGUGGCUGGCCGUCGAAGACAGAUGCAUCAGUGGGCUCCAGACUGACAUGUCUCUGGGUAAGCAGUACUACAAGCCCAAGGAACAACUCCAGCUGGAUGUGAGGGCCAAUCAGGAUGGCCUGGUGGCUCUGUCUGCUGUCGACGCCGCCAUCUUUACCCUACGACCCAACUACCGAGACCCUGUUUCCAUGGUUCUUCGUCACAUCGAGCAGAGCGACCUGGGCUGCGGUGGAGGCGGCGGUAAAGACAGCGCUGAUGUUUUCCGUCUGGCCGGCCUCACCUUCAUCACCAACGCCAACACGGCCCCCUCGACCAGCAAUGAGGCGUGCACAGCUGUCGUGCGUGCAAAGCGAGCUCUGACCGAAGAGGAGAAAACAGAGAAAGCGGAAAGAUAUGGUAAUUUCAAACUGUGCUGUGAAAAGGGGAUGAGGUGGGCUCCAACGUAUACAAGCUGCCUUGAUGAAGCUAUGGUAUUUGUCCACAAGCACAAGAAACUCUUCAAACAUCAGAGACAAAGUCAACGCUGCGUAACGGUCUACAAAGAAUGCUGUGAGCAUCUCCUGAGGAGCAUCAACCAAGGCAGCGUCAUUGCACGUAAUGAAAUGGGUGCAGACUUUGGCCUCGCUCCUUCUCUGGUGCGGAGCUACUUUCCAGAGAGCUGGAUGUGGGAGGUGCAGCGGAUCAGUUCAGGGCGGCUGGCGGUCAGCAGGACUCUGCCGGACUCUAUCACCACGUGGCAGAUAAAGGCCGUCGGCAUGUUCAAGAACGGUAUGUGCGUGGCAGAUCCCGUCCAGGUGUCGGUCAGUCUGCCGCUCAGCGUGGACAUCCCGCUGCCCUAUCAGGUGGUCAGAGGAGAGCAGCUGGAGCUGAAGGGGUCCGUGUACAACCAGCUGCCCGACCACGUUACGUACUGCGUGACGCUGACAGUCGGCCCGGCGAUCUGCCUGCUCAAGUCUCAGCCUGUGAUUGGGCAGGCAGGGCUUCGCUCUACAGCAUGCACAUGGAACGACAUACCAAGAAAAGGGGUGGAAACAGUGACCUUCACCCUGCUGGGACUGGAACCUGGAGAGCACACCCUGACCUUCACCCUGAAAACACCCGACCGUCGGGCAGACAUCGUGGAGAAGAAGCUGCGUGUGGUGGUACGUACGGACGAACAGAAACACAAAUCGGGAUUUGAACCCGGGCCUCCCAGUCUGAGAAUGGAUGCUCAUCUCACUGAGCUAAAACACAGCUCAGCCCAGCAAGGAAAAUCAAUUAGAGACCCGAUCCUGCAGCUUCAGAUCCACGAGGACAGUAUUAGUUCUGCCGUAGCCUACAUUUCCCAGCAUGCCCUGAGUGUGAAGAGUGUUUACGUACGUGCAGUGGCGACCUAUGCGCUGACCCUUCAUGACCCCAACAGCAUGAUAUCCUUCCAGCUCAUCAGCAGCCUGGAGAAGCUGGCACGGCAAAAAGGUAAUCCUGCUGUACUCAGGUACUGGCAGGAGGCCAGUGUGACAUCUGACUGGCUGAAGCCCGACCAAUCUAGCGGUGUGACGGUGGAGAUGACGGCGUACGUCCUACUGACUAUGCUGGUUAAGGGGAGGAUCUCAUAUGUGAAACCCAUCCUGUCCUGGCUGACCCAGGAUCAGCACUACGGUGAAGGUUUCUACUCUGUGCAGGACACCUUCUUGACUCUGGAGGCAUUAACGGAGUACAGCAGAGUUGUCUCUCGAGCCGCCCUCAGUCAGGACAUCAGCAUCCGCUACAGAACCAAAGGAAUUCUGGGACAAAUCCAGCUGAGCCAGAGUCGACCCGUGGCCUCACCCUUCCAGGUAACAAAGAAUGAUGACAUCACCGUGUCCACAGGUUAUGGUCGCGGCGUGUCCAAUGUGAAGAUGAAGACGGUGUACUAUCAGACCGUGGCGUCCGCACAGGCCACGUGUAACUUUGACCUCACAAUUGAGGUGGUCAUGCCUGAAACCAAUCCAAGAAUACGAACUCCUACCCUGGUGGCCUGUGUAAAGUAUAAACCUCCUCCUAACGAGGUGUUCACCGAGUCCAGUCUGACCGUGAUGAAGAUCCAGCUGCCCACAGGUGUGGACGCGUACCUGGAGGACCUGAAGCAGUGUCACUUCCUGUCUGGCCCCCAGGUUCCCUCAGACAUGUUUCUGUGCGUGGGCUUUCGGAUUAGGACCACGUUUACGGUGACCGGAGCCACCAAGUCCUUGCUCAGUGUCAGCGAGCCCCAGGACAGAGGCAGUUUGUGCACAAAGCAGUUCUCCUACGAGCAGCAGAAGCUGCAGCGCCUCUGUCUGGGCGAACAGUGUCAGUGCAUGACAGCGGCGUGCGCCACCUACAGAGGAGACGUGGACGUGACGCUCACAGCAGACAAACGAACCAACGAGACGUGUCAGCCUCACAUCAAAUACGGUGAGCCGAGCGACGUCCGCAACAAAACGCCACGUUUACACCCCAGCUCCGCCCCAGAGCCUCGUGCAGGUGGAGCUUCAGAGUUCAAUUCAUCUUUAUUUAUACAGCCCCAA